AUCCCCCUUGCCCCUCUUCCCUUAUGUCUGUAAGAUGCUGUGUGCCAUUUCAGCGACGCAAUAGCCGCCUUCCUCUCGCCAUCCUUAUGACCACCCCUUCCAACCGAGAAGCUUCCCGGAUGACGAAUGACGUCAACAAGCCAUCUUUGUUCCCUUAAUGCAGCCGACUAUUUUUUUAUAUGUACAUAGCGACUCGGAGGACACCAGCAGUAGCGGUCCUGCCAGAAUAAAUAGCCACGGGCGAGGUGCGGCAGAAACCAAAUACACCGAACGGCGAUAACCAAAACAGAGGGGGGAAAACGCAUCUUGACUGUAAACAUAAUCACUCCCUUUCCUCAGAACCAACAGGGGAUAGAUUCGGUCUGAGAAGGAGAAAGGGAGCGAGACACGGUUCAGGCAAACCACGGUUCAGCCAUUUAACGCUCCCUUCCGAGUGGACUAGCACGCGCUAAUAACCCUCAAUACGAGAUGUCUGCACCGGCCCCUGCCGCUCCUGCUGGUGAUGGCCCUCCUCAACCCCCCAACCUCACCAGCAACCGCCGCCUACAGCAGACACAGGCUCAAGUGGAUGAGGUGGUGGACAUCAUGCGUGUGAACGUGGACAAGGUUCUGGAGCGGGACCAGAAGCUGUCGGAGCUGGACGACCGGGCCGACGCCCUGCAGGCGGGCGCCUCCCAGUUUGAGACCAGCGCCGCCAAGCUGAAGAACAAGUACUGGUGGAAGAACGCUAAGAUGAUGAUUAUCCUGGGAGUGAUAUGUGUGAUUGUUCUCAUUGUGAUCAUCGUCUACUUCAGCACCUAAUUCGGGGGUCCCCCCGCACCUGUCAGCACUCAUGACGCCCAAUUCCAAGCAACAGAAACAGAAAACCCUUUGAAACUAUGAGGAAAAAAAAGAGCCCCACUGACUGCCCCAGUUAACUGCCCCAGCUCCCUGCCCCUGCCCCUGACCCUGCCCCUGACCCACCCCCUCUUCACUUUGGGAUCCUUUGUCCUGUGAGUCCGCUGUUCUUGUAAAUAGUUCCUGCUUUUCUUAUCCGUAGUUAAAAAUAUGGUUCCAUUAUCAGCGUUAUUACUGACAAAACAACAACAAAAAACAAAAACAAAAACAAAAAAAAAACAAAGACCAAGGCAAAUUAUUGUUAUAUACUAAGA